GAAUGCAUAGAUCAGCCUCCGUAGCUCAAACUGGCCGCAGGACUGACCUAGCAUCGCAUUAGAUAGAUCCAUUAUUCCGGGUUAGUCUGAUCGAACAGAGUGGUAUAUACAAACGUGUAUAGCAGUGCGCAGCAGUCACUGACACUGACACUGAUACACAGUGCUCUGAGAGUUGUUAUCAUUUCUGGACCAGGAAGAUUUAUUGGAGCUGGCAGUUAAGACCAAGAUUUCAACUAUAUCAAGAACAGAGCAUUCCAAUCAACCAACUCAGCUGUUAAACAAUAGAGUCACAUGUGCCGUGUUGGGGAGGCAAGUGGCUGGCGUGAAUGAGACCUAAUCGAUUGCUGCACGGAGAAACGGUGAAUGGGGCCAAGAUGCUGCAUGUCUUGUCCAAAAUGCCGUAUAAGCCCACUGGUUUCAGGAUAGCACAAGUGUUUACGUCAGAUCGCUGCUAAGAUCAUUUACAUGUUUACUGUUCCUGCCAUUCCGAUGUUAUAGGCUAUCUGCAGAUUGUAUCAGGUUUUACAUGGCUCUAACGUUCACCUCUGUAAUACGUCAGAUAUUCCCAGCGCUGUGCGAAACGUAUUUGCAGUGGUGGUGAUCCAGGAUAAGUUCAUUCCCAUCUCGACGCGCUAAAUUGGCCGUGAUGUUACAGAAGCUUUGGGAAAUCGUUUUUUAAUCGACAACAAAUCCAGAGACUGUGAUAUUUUUCAUCUUGACAUCGGUUGUGUUUAAGGGUAACAGUGCCAAAAAUGUCUACCAUUAGGCGAGCUUACAUGGAGAUUUCUAACGGCAUACGGGGACUGAGGCUGCAUAGGGAGCAGACUAAAUCUCUGGAAACACAGGCUGUCCCAUCUACUUCUAACAAAGAUAACGUCACAAAGAGUAAUGGUUCACUAGCCAACGCCGUACUCGGUCGACAGGUGCGAGGACAUAGGGUAUCGGCCAGACUGAAAGCAAUGCUGCAAGCCCAUGCGAAAAAUGCCGCAAAAUCCGUUCAAGAACUUUGGAUUAAUGAAGCUUUUCUGUUAAAAUUUUUUUGGUAUUUCUCCAUAGAAGAGAGAGUAUCUAUUGCUUGUGUGUGCAAAAGGUGGAGAGACAUUUUAUACCAAAAUAUUUUUUGGAUGGACAUUAUGCCCGUGCUGAACUGUAAAAAAUGGCACCGAGAUGGUGCUGACAGGGCACGUUUUUACCGAAGCUUAGAAUCUAGAGGAUUUGAUUCAAUAUGCUUCGUUGCUGCGGCGGAUGCAGAUGUUGCUGACUUUGUUAACAACUACCAGGGCUGCAGAAAAACGAUACGCUCCGUAAGUGUUCGCUGUUCGAACGUCACCGACGCCGGACUGGACAUGAUGUUUAAGAAGAUGGCCUGUAUAUAUCGGUUAGAGUUGUCGGGCUGUAAUGACAUCACUGAGACAGGGUUGUGGUCCAUCCUCAACCCUAAGAUUGUGUCCCUAAGUGUUAGUGACUGUAUUAACGUUGCCGAUGACACUCUCGGUGCCAUCUCCCAACUCUUGCCGUCUCUGUGCGAGCUGAACUUACAGGCAUAUCACGUCACCGAUACAGCGCUGUCCUUCUUCAGCGCCAAGCAAAGCUAUACGGUUGGUGUACUGAGACUGCGGUCCUGUUGGGAAAUCACAAAUCACGGCAUUGUAAACAUUGUCCAUUCCCUUCCCAACCUCACUAUCCUCAGUCUGUCCGGCUGUAGCAAGAUCUCAGACGACGGAGUCGAGCUAAUCUCCGAGAACCUGAAGAAGUUACGGAUUCUGGACCUCUCCUGGUGCCCCAAGCUGUCCGAUGCUUCCCUGGAGUACAUAGCCUGUGAUCUAGGACAGCUGGAAGAACUCGUGCUGGACAGGUGUAACCACAUUACAGACAUAGGCGUAGGUUACCUGUCCACGAUGACGUCACUGCUGAAGCUCUAUUUGCGCUGGUGUACUCAAAUCCGUGACUUUGGUCUUCAGCACGUGUAUUCCAUGAAGCAUCUUAGAGUUCUUUCGGUGGCAGGCUGUUGUCUCCUCUCCAGCCACGGUCUCUCUGGACUGGUCUCACUUCGUUACCUGGAGGAGCUUGAGCUUACAAACUGUCCCGGUGCUACACCAGACGUCUGUCAGUACCUGAAGGAAAACAAUCCUCGCUGCCUAGUGCUCGAAUGAUGGGAACGGCUGCUAUAAUACGCUGAUAUCUGGAUUAUCGCGAUUUUACUAAAAUGUUACUACAGUUGGAAACAUCCCGAAUAGCCUAACACGCCUUGUUUGAUGUGAUGGAGUAACGUAAUGCCCGAACUUACAAGUUGAGAGUAGCGUGAGAAAUGACAUGAUCAACGUCACUAAAGGAAUGACGUGAAGAGGGACAAUGAGAGUGAUGUCAGAAGUAAUGUGAGGAAUAACGUACAUGUAUUAGCAGUGACAUUUUAGAAGUUACGUGAGGGGGGUGUGAAAUUGCGUGACGCGGGUUGUGACGAGAAGAGUGAUGAGACACCUGACUUUGAGAUGUAAGAUGAGGAACACAAUGUGGUUGUCGUGACUGCAUUCGUGACUGAAAAAAAUAUGUAUGUGACGAUAUUCAGUGCGACAUUGUUUCAGUAUUUCAGUGUGCUUAGAUACUGUGAAUUUCUUGAAAAGAGCAGAAACUGAGUGGAGUAUUAAACACAAGAGGCUGAUGUUUACAUAUCUGUGUGUAAUGCAGGGGAAGAGAAUAUUCUUCAUUUGUGUGAAUAACAAUCAAGGUGUAAUAAUGUACACCUCUUCUUCAACUCAUCACUCCGAUAUUCCAGACGUGAACUGUAGACCAGAAUAAAUCUCUAGAGCGUUUUCAUUGACAAAAACUUGACCAAUGUUUGGAAGGGCUGUUGUGAUGUUAAACUAUACCUCAGGAAUUUUGGUCCCUUAAUUGUUACAUAGCUUUGUGUUACAAACACUGCGUGAACCUCUUUAUGUUGUGAUAUGGAUUUGACCA